GUACCGGCUUGGCGCCCCUGCCGCCGCGUACGCCGCGGCCUGGGCCCCGAUGGAGCGCCGGCUGGACGUGGCGGCGCGCGCGCUGCGCGUGCUGCGGUCCGACCCGACGCUGCCCGGGGACGCGGCGCAGGAGCGGGUGCUGCUCGGGAAGGCGGCAGGCGGCGGCGCGGGCGCGGGCGGGCGGCGGUACUCGGUCAAC